UAUGUAUGUAACUUCAUUGGGUUAUAAACAGCAACAAAAUAAGUUCUAAAACUGUAACACAAUUUUUUUCUCUCUAAUGUUUUGAUUAACUUUGCUUUACGUCUCCUACAUGAUGUUUACCUUUCAUAUCUUUGACUGCAGAUUUUGUAAGUGAUUACAGGAGAAGCACCACCUCAGAAAUAUAAAACAGUUGCAUCAGAAAACAGUCCCUCCUCAGUGAGGACACUGAUUUUCUGACAGAGUCACUAUAAAUACUGUACUUUACGGAAGGAUGCAGAAACAAGCAGAAUGUCUGGGGCUAGGAAGAAGAGUUAUUUGGCAGUUCCACAUAAUUAAAAUAUUAUCAUGUAAAGGUAGUUAUGCCCUGCAAUUGACUGAAAAGAGAAUUCUAGAUAGUGUGCUACUGUAAGGAUAUUGGCAAAUGGCAGGAGUUGAGGGGAAAAAACAUGAGAGAGAGAGAUUCAUUGUAAUAUAAGAAAUAUGUGUGGCUUGAUUAAGUGCUCCUUUUGGAGGCGAUACUAGAUAAAUGGUGAUGGAAUAAUACAGAUAGGAGUAGUAAGUUGCACAGGAAAAAGCAGUAUAUACGGAAACAUGAAAAAAAUCUUAGAGAUACUGUUGUAUGUAAUAAUAACAGAGGGAAAAUGGGAAGGAUCUACUGUUUGGUGAAUACUUUAAAGGGAAAACCCUCUUUGGUGAAUACUUUAAAGGGAAAACCCUUGUUGUGGCAAAAAGGUGGACUGAAUGACAUAAACUGAAGCUGGGGGUUUGCCUCCCGUUCCAAGAUUUCAGUCGUCACGUGUAGCCUUUUGGGGUUCCUUCAGGGGGCUUUUACACCUGGGUUUUGACAGAGAAAUGCUACCAUUUUGUUAGGCCCUCUCUAGGGAGACAAGUAAGUGUAACUUUUCUUUCUGUGACUCAUUUACAGUACUGUUUUUAGGUAUGUGUGUUGCAUGCAGGUAGUCAGUAUUUUAAGAUGACCUGUAGUAUAUGAUACAGACUUGUUACUACAGCUGCAAGGAAGAGAAAUGGAUUUUGUAACCUUUUGUUAAGGUAUGUUUCAGAGCAACCUGGUUAGUACAAAAUGCAUCUCAUUUGUCUCAAAUUGUCAGAAUUAUGUAAAUAUGUUGUUUCAGUCGUUUGAGCCUUUUCAGUGACCUCUGAAGAAAGAGGAAGGGUACAAACCUGUCAUUGAUGUUGAUUUACCCAUAGUAUGCACAAAAAGGGAGCAAAACUGUCAAGCCUGUGAAAAAGACCACUGUAUAUAAUGAAUAUUUAGCUUUCAUGGAAGAACUGAGCUGUGAUACAAUGCACUUCCUGAAAAUUGAUUGAGGUUUUUUCUCAAUCAACUUCUCAAGGUUAAUGAUUAGUUAGGAAGAAUGGUUUUCUAUAUUGGACUAUGCUGCUUGCAAAUUAUACUGCUAAGAUGCAUUCAUAACUGGGCACUCUUUUUUUUUUUUUUCCCCUUUUGUAGUCUCUCUUUUGCUGUUGAUUCACGGUGACCCUAUUCCUUCUCGUUCAGUCUUUGAGGCCUUUUCUGAAUAAGUGCGGUUGUCAAUGCUACCAAUAGAACUAAAGUGCUAGUUCUCAGCCAAGUUUCCUAUUCCCAUGAUCAAGAUACUAUGGCUUAAAUUUUUUUUUUUUUUUUGCAAUAGUUUAUUGUGGAAGAUUUGGAACAAUCUCAAAUACCAGGCUCAGAAAACACUGGUGCUGUCCUAAGUAAAAAAGCAGAGUACUUGUAUUUUCACUAGUUUUAGUGCAGAAGUUGAAAACAACUCAUAAUCAAAUACAAGUUGUACAGAUCAAAACCUCUCCAGACUGGUUUGGAUGUGACAGCGGUUGCAUAGGCUGGAAGCUAAUUGAGAGGCCCAAAACAAAGGUGUUUCCUGGAGAGGAAAUGCUUAAGGAAGUAUCAGAGAAUCUAGUCGUAUGUGCCAUUUCAUUUAACAUCUGUUGGGGUAGGGUGCUCCUCUAUAUAUUACACAUUGAAAAGUGUAAGCACUACAGAAAGAAUAUUGCAAGGACAUGAAUGCCAUACAAAGGUACUGUAGAUAGGAUGACAGCGUUUCUCAUAAGGAAGUGCAAACUUUGAAUCAUGGGCAAGACAUAUUCCUGGUCAGAUAUCAGGCAAAGGUUAGCAAACAGGAAUUUUGAGAUCUAAAUCUGGCUUCUAGCAAAUAGACACAAGUUCACACUGGUGUUUGGUAAAGAAGUGUUUGGUACAGUUUUGGAUUCUUGUGCACAAAGUGCUACAUUGCGGGAAAAGGUCUUCCCCAUAUGACUUUUAGUUCAGGAUGCCUUUUCAGAAAUUCAAGCAUAUUGAAGAAAUUGCAAAGAGGCUGUCCUUCCUCCCUUCUCCUCCUUCUGAGUGUUUUUGUAUCCAGUGUUGUUCUGGUCUUACAACAGCGAGCACUUUUCAAGUUUUAUAUGAUCGCCUCGGCGUUUCUGCUGGCUGCAACUUCAGUGUUGGUGAAUUACUAUGCUUCUUUGCACAUAAACUUCUACAGUGCCUACUACACAGCAGCUUUUGGAAUUCAGUUCUUCCCUCAUAAAGGACCUUCGCUAUGGAUGGCACUUUCCAUCCUUCAGCUUACCUUUGGAAUUGGAUAUGUUACCUUGUUAAAUGUGCAGUCCAUCUACUCUCAACUAAUCAUACUGGAUAUAUUGAUUCCUGUAAUUGGCUUGGUUGUUGAAUUACCUUUAAAUGUCCGACAGAUGCUUGUUUUUGUUUCAGGCCUAGUUCUGACACUAAAUACCACAGCCAUCUUAGUUAUGAAAAUUAAGUGGUUCUACUACUCGGUGAGAUAUGUUUAUCUGCUAGUAAGGCAUAUGUAUCGCAUUUAUGGAUUACAGCUAUUGAUGGAAGAUACGUGGAAAAGAAUCCGUUUUCCAGCUGUAUUGCGCGUCUUCUGGCUAACAAGACUUACGGCACAAGCUGUGGUAUUAACAUACGUUGUAAAGAUGGCAGAAACUAGUACAGAAGAAAAAUUCUUCUUAAUAUCAUGGGAUAGCUGUUGGGAACUGAUUUGCAGUCUGAUAAUAAGUGGUUGUGAUUCUACUUUAACUGUGUUAGGCAUGAGUGCUGUAAUUUCCUCAAUAGCGCAUUAUUUGGGCCUUGGUAUCUUGGCCUUCAUUGGAUCAACUGAUGAAGACGACAAAAGGCUUGGUUUUGUAGCACCUGUUUUGUUUUUCAUUUUGGCUCUACAGACUGGUUUAAGUGGACUGAAACCAGAAGAAAGGUUAGUUCGCCUAAGUCGAAACAUGUGCCUUUUGUUAACCGCAGUCCUGCAUUUUAUCCAUGGAAUGACAGACCCUGUGCUGAUGUCUCUCAGUGCCUCUCACGUGUCAUCAUUUCGCAGACACUUCCCUGUACUGUUUGUUUCGGCUUGCCUUUUCAUCCUUCCAGUUCUGCUCAGUUAUAUCCUCUGGCACCACUAUGCACUAAACACGUGGCUUUUUGCAGUUACAGCAUUCUGUGUAGAGCUUUGCCUGAAAGUAAUAGUUUCUAUUACUGUUUAUAUAUUGUUUAUGAUUGAUGGCUACUAUAAUGUGCUAUGGGAAAAACUUGACGAUUAUGUCUACUAUGUUCGUUCAACUGGCAAUAUUAUUGAAUUUAUAUUUGGAGUAAUCAUGUUUGGAAAUGGAGCUUAUACCAUGGUUUUUGAAUCAGGAAGCAAGAUUCGUGCUUGUAUGAUGUGUCUACAUGCUUACUUCAACAUUUACUUGCAAGCGAAGAAUGGCUGGAAGACUUUUAUAAAUCGCAGGACAGCUGUUAAGAAAAUAAACUCACUUCCAGAGAUAAAAGGAAGCCGCUUACAUGAAAUAGAUGAUGUAUGUGCAAUCUGCUAUCAUGAGUUUACCACAUCUGCUCGUAUUACUCCAUGCAAUCAUUACUUUCAUGCACUUUGUCUUCGGAAGUGGCUGUAUAUUCAGGACACUUGCCCAAUGUGCCAUCAGAAAGUAUAUAUUGAGGACAAGGAAAAUGUCAAUAUUUCUAACAGCAACGGGUUUGUUGCACCAAAUGAAAAUCCUGUACAAGUUGCAGAAGAAGCUGCUGAUGCUGAAAAUGAACUAAAUGAAGAUAACGACAGUUCGGAUAGUGAUGAGGAAGAUGACGACUGCGUGGCACAGCACUUGAAUGAGACUGUUGACUCUAAUUCUCUUGGUGAUUAAAAUGUCCUUUACUAAACCGUGAGGUAUUGGUUUCAAAUUGACUUCAACGGAAUAAAAUUAUCACUUUGUAGUUAUUACACUUAAGCACAACAGCAGUAUCUUAAUGUUGAGUCUGUGAAUGGUGGUUGUUUACUGUGGUAUGUGCUACUGUAAAUAUACCUCUAAUUUCUGCUGGUCUCUUUCAUGACCACCUUAAACUUAUGUACAUUAUUGUACAUGGAAUAAAAUGUUUUCACAUGUUUUUAAGAUGGUUGGAAAAAACACUCUUUAAUUGAUGUAGUGAUAUGCUGUGCCAAAGACUGUAUACCAGUAAUCCCUGAUCAGUGAGUUCUGGGUGCAAACAAAAAAUAUUGGUGAAAACAGACUGUUCAGUAGGUCAACUUAGAAAUGAAAGAAGCCUGAACCAAAGCAGCUCUACUUACUAAUGCAGUAUUAGCAGAGCUUUAUAGCUAUAAACUAGUGAGCUAUGUAAAAAAAAAAAAAAAAAAAA